AUGGCAAGGUCAACUAGACAAUCCAAGGCGCGCAAACUGAGCAGGAGCCCUACUCCUGACCCUGGUCCGGAAUCAGAGGGCGAGUCUGACGAAGAGGGUGUCACUAUGAAGCCAAUGCCAAUUCCCCCCAGCCGCGCAGCAAUGAAAGACGAAGCUGGUCACCUUGGUGUAGCCACGAAGGAUGAAGACGUCGUAAUGAACACCGAGUCAAGUGGGACGGAUAAUAAACAUGCCGAAUCAGUGAAGAGUGCUAGUGAAGGGUUGAAAACAGAGCUCAAGCAGGAUGUUGAACAACCAGGGCUAGGGGCAUUGAAUUGGUCACGGUCAGAUGUGCUUCGUCCGUCCUCACGGUCUACUCUAGAUGUUGGUGGGCGAGAAGAGCUCAGGCCUUCGCCCUCAGACCUCUCUCAAACCACUCCACCCACACCACCAGCACCAUCGAUGUCUGCUUCGGUCUCUAACUCACCGUUUGAGUCUGAGACUCCCUCAGCAUCAACCCCACUGACAGAUACGCCUCAGACCAGUGAACCUAUCAACAGACCGUCUACCUCAAAGUCAAAGAAAUCCUCGAAGCGCUCAGAGGCGCAGCUCAUUGGGGACCUCCCUGUGGCAAGGGGGGCUGCACUGGAGACCUUCGUCGAGAUUUUAGACAAUCAUUAUCAAUAUGGGACGUUGGGUAGGUCCAGAGAGGCGUUGGAGGGAAUGACCUGCGAUUGCUCGUAUGCUCACGAAGUGGAUGACCCAUCAACUGCUUGUGGCCAUGGGUCGGAUUGUAUCAACCGACUCACUCAAGUCGAAUGCCUCGAAGAUGACUGUCGGUGUGGCUCCUACUGCCAAAACCAACGGUUUCAGAGGAAAGAAUAUGCCUCGAUUGAGAUCGUACAAACGGAGAAGAAAGGGUUCGGGUUACGGGCAGAGGAGGAUAUUCCCAAGGACGGAUUCAUAUAUGAGUACGUGGGCGAUGUUGUGAACUCCCCAUCAUUCAAGAAGAGAAUGCGUGACUACGCUUCCGAGGGCCUCAAACACUUCUACUUUAUGAUGCUUCAGAAGGAUGAGUUUAUAGACGCCACUAAACGCGGAGGCAUCGGGCGCUUCGCCAACCACAGCUGCAGCCCGAAUUGCUAUGUUGCCAAAUGGACCGUCGGGAGCUACGUACGCAUGGGCAUUUUUGCCAGCAGGGAUAUCAAGCAGCACGAAGAACUGACUUUCAACUACAACGUGGACCGCUACGGACAUGAGGCGCAAACCUGCUAUUGUGGCGAACCGAAUUGUGUGGGGUACAUCGGUGGUAAAACCCAGACGGACAUUGCGACGAUGGAUGAUCUCUACCUCGACGCUCUUGGCAUUACUGACGAGGCUGAUCUCAUGGAACUGAAGGGUACGAGGAAGAAAAAGGGCAAGAAAAUCGAUGACCCAGAUUUCAUGCCCACUCUUCACCCGUUGGUCAAGAAAGAUGUACCGAAGGUUAUCCAAGCAAUACGGCAGACACAAAGUCGAAAGGUGUUGCUAAAACUUUUGACCAGGCUAAAGAUCACGGACGAUCCACGACCUUUGAACCAAAUCAUGCGUUUACGAGGUUUCACCGUCAUGAAGAACAUCAUGGACGAUUAUGCAAAAGACCCCGAGAUGAUCACCCUGUCCCUGGAAUGCAUGUAUUUAUGGCCUCUCCUGGCACAAAACAAAGCGAGAGACUCCAAAGUCCUCGACCUCCUAAAGAACAUGGUCAAUAAAGAAGAGGAAGAAUCUAUCAAAGAACUCGCUGAGAAACUGGUCAAGAAGUGGGAAGAAUUACCCGUAGGGUACCGAAUACCUAAAAGAGGCCGGGAGGAUAACGAAGAAGAGCCGGCUCCUGUGGUAUCACUGGCUGUAGACGAAGUCUAUCAGAAGAAAACUUUCACGUCGGUUUAUCACCCCACUACGCGCCCGCGUCUCCUGCCCGCGAAAACCCCUUCCGUCCCUAACCAACCUUACAAGCUGAGAAUCCCUCUCCCGGUACCAGAAGCGUGGCCGCCAAAUUUUCCACCACAAGGCCCGUCCCGAUUCUCUGAAUCUGCGGCCAAAGCCAAGAUGGUAAUUGAGGCUGCAAACCGGGAAAGGGAGAGAGCUGAGGAGUUGGCUGCUAUGCGUGCAACGGAACAAGCUGCUAAGGAAGAGUUCAAGAAGUAUCUGAAGGCAAAAUCGAAAGAGAGAAGAGAGAAGAGGAAGCUCAUGGCCGGCAGAAAGCCUCUCAGUGCUGAAGAGAAAGAGGCACUUAAGGAGAAACGAAUGAUGAAGCUCGUGGGGCCAGUGGUCGUGAAGUGUAUGUCCAGCCACGCGAAGUCAAUGGACCACGACACCUUUAAGAAAUACGCAAAGGAGUUGACUCAAAUUAUUGUUGAGAAGGAGAAGAAAACCUCAAGCUACAAAGAAGGGCGACUCGACUCGUUGUCAGAGGAGAAAGUAGCUAAGAUGAAGAAAUUCUCCAAGGAAUAUAUCGUCAAGGUUCUCCACAAACUCCGCAAGGCUCGUCGGGAAUCUUCAUCAACGACCGGUAUCCCUUCCUCUUCGUCCACGACAUUGGACACGCCUACUGAACACGACGAUACUCCGAACGUUGAGAUGAAAUUUGAGGAUAUCGUCCCCAUGGGCUCCGAUCCAGAAAGCGACGAUGAUACAGACGAUGAAGCCAUGGGUGCUCCCGACGAGCCUCCCGUGCCGUUGCUAGAAGACGAGCCUAUGGACAUUGAUGCGAUCAGACAGUCGUAUGAAGAUGUUGAGGAUGCAACUCAACUGUCGGCUGACCCCAGACGUCGACUUCCUGACGCUCGGUCCAUUGAUGAUCCUCCUUCACAGCCCCCUGACCAGAUACUAGUCGAAGAUUGA